AUGGGCUCCUAUAAGUCCUGCCAAGACCGCGCUGGCAGCGGUGGCAGCUCUAGUUCGACUGAUACUGACGCCUCGGUCCAUUCGAAAAGUACUGCUCCGACGGUGGUCAGUAAUCACACAACUUGCACAACGAAACAGCAGGACUGGCCUGAUUUUCAGGAUGACGGUCCUCGCGACUCGAUCUCGACGUAUGCAUCCACCACUCGCUCUCUUGCUGACCCCCCGGAGGAGCCACGGUAUGCGGUCGAUGAACGACAGGAGACGUUCCCGACAGAUGCACUCGCAACCACACCGUCUUCAUUCGCAGGGUUGUUUCCCUCGACAAGACGAUUGUUGAUCCGACAUGACGACGCCACAAUCGACGGCAACAUGAACCUUCGAGUCGACACCGUUGUCCCACGCCGUGGCGGCUACCAACAGGACGUAACCCUCUUCCACCUCCGCAUGUACGACCUAUUCUCUCGAAAGGUCUCCCUACGACGAUACUGCCGCGACUCAGGCCGCGAAAUAUUCCAUUCUUCCCGCAAAGAAAUCUCCCCACUCACAUUCCAAGGCCCAAUCCGCCGCCGCUCAUGGAGCAGCGUCCUCGCCAGUCUCCGACCAAGCACAUAUGCCCCAGCCGAACCAGCCCUUCAACGCCAUAAAUCAGCACAGUCGGGCAAAACCCCAAGCGAAGAAGAAGACAAAAAACUAGCCGACUCAAUCAUCCUAGAAUUCUCCAACUACGCGCACGUGGAGCUAAAACGCCGCGGUCCGGGCACCGCCAAGCGCUACGAGUAUGAAUACUGGUCCACGAAAUACCAAUGGCGCCGCGAGUUCCGCAAAGAGGGCGAUUUACGCGAAGUCUCCUACUACCUCGUCGACACCCGCUCCUCCUGCACAAUCGCUCACAUGGUCCCCGAGAUCCUUACCCCCCUCGAAGCUGUCGAGGAGGAUAGCAAGGGUGGUUGGGUGCCGCCGUGUUCCUUGUGGAUCAAUGACCCCUCCGUGUACGAGCGGAUGCCCGACGUUGCCGACGUGAUUGUCGCGACAGGACUAGUCGCCCUCGUGGACGAUUGCAUUCGUCGACGCUGGCAUAGCGCCCGCCGCGUUCCAUGGAUCUCCCCCGCACGUUCCUCCCUCUCAAAGGGACUGGAACGCAUGGGUCCACGACGUCUGAUCGGCGAGGUGCUUCACCGGAGGGGAUCCGCGUAG